AGAAGAAGUUGGAUUGGUAUCCUUUACUGUUUUCCUUGUUGUUGUUGUGACCGACAAACAGUCAAUCGUUCAUUUAUUUAUAUUUGUACUCCGAAAUAAACAAAAGAUUGUUUAAUUUCUCUUUGGCGAUGGCGAAUUUGAAUGAAAAGUGGAAAGCUGUGGACAACUUUAAGUCUGUUGUGGUAGAUCGUGAAAGAGACGUUGAUCGAGUGACAAAAGAACUUAGUUGCAACUAUCGCUUGACCAUACCAUUCGCCCCCCACAUCUUCGGCUCGGGCAAAACGACCUUUGCCCAAAACUAUUUGGAGUUGGUGCAAAGGUUUGGUGAAAAUUUUCUGUCGACGUUUGCUUCAGACCCUUUGAAGAGAACCUUUUUGGAGAAGCUGAAAAGGGCUUCAUUGCUUUAUGUGGAUUUAAGGGGGUUGAAGCCCACAGAACCGAAAGAACGCAACCUAGAGUGGGCAGUCUACUAUCGAAUGAUAGAAGCGUGUUGCACUUCUGUUGGACAAGAACCAGAGGAUGAAGAAGUAGUAUUUAAAGAAUGCCGUACACGUCCCUAUAAGUUAGUUAGAAAACUUCGUUCAAUCUUAAACAUUCCUUCCGAUCAAUUUCUUUUGUUGGCAUUUGACGAAGUUGGUGUGUUUGAUACAAAGGGAACCUUUUUUGAACUGGAGAAGAAUGACAAAGGUGUGGUUCGACCAUACAACGACUUUUUCGGUAUCAUUAGUCAAUUGUGCAAAGAACCCGACUUGUUUUUUAUUGUUGUUGGGAAAAGCAAGGGUUUAAGUAUUAAGAAUUAUGUCUCUUCUGUAUCAAAAGUCAUACUACAUUUUAUUUCUUUAUCACCUUUGGACGCUUCCAGUAUCGUUGAAUUCCUUGAAAAGACUCUUCUUGAAACACCUACUCAAGUUCCAGUUUGUAAUGUCUUAUGUAGUUCUUCAUUUUCAGUAAAUGAAUUGGCAGAUUCGUUAUUGGAAUGUACAGGUGGAGUUCCUGGUUUGUUGACUCGUGCUGUGAAUAUGCUUUUGAAUUAUAUAAUAGCAAGAAACCAGCCUUUCAUAUCGAAAGAAGAAUGUUUGACUUGUAUGAACGACGACAAUUUCCGAAUAAUUUGUGCUGAACCAUUUGUGGAACGAAUAUUGAAUUUGGACGAAGAUAGAAAAAGUGUUUUUGAUAUACUUUUGAUGAUGGCACUUUAUCGUAUACCGUUUCAAGUAGAUGACAUAUUGACCUCGGAGUCUUAUCUAUAUGAUGCAGUCACUGAAAUGGGACUAUAUCGAUAUCCUAUUGACCAGAAUACUUUUCAAGUCCUAAUUCCAAAAAUAUUUGUUGUAAUCUUCAAGAACCAACCGUCUAUCUCCCCUAUGGAAAAGAUACUUCUUGGAUCACUUGAUGUAGAACCAGUAGAUUGUUUCUUCUAUUCAAAAUGUCGUGUAUUUGAAGGAAUUGUUGCUUUACGACUAGUUUUGAUGUUGUCUUCAAAGAAUCGAAAUGAGUUGAGGGAAUUGUUGUGUCAAAUGUCUCCAAUAUGGAAACAAAUGAAACUUCCAAUCAGUACAAUAUCACCUAUUCACUAUAUCAAGUCUGUUGUUAGUUCUAGAGAAACAAGAAAUGAAUCGAACAAGAGUCGAAGAACUUUUGCCAAUACUGAAUGGAAUAAGAUUAUUCGAGAGACACUUUAUUUAGAGACUAUUUACAUUCCAGUGGACGCUACUUCUCAUAGUCCUGAUAUUAUAUUCAAAUUACAAUCUCCUGUGGAACCCAAAGUCCUUACUGUUGGAGUUGCUUGUAAAGGACGCUGGAAGUCGGAAGGAAUUGGCUGGUCAGAUAUUAUAGAUGAAGCCAAGAAAUUUUUAGAUCCUGUAUAUGAUCAAGUCUUAUCCAGUGCAAUGGAUUAUCAUCAUUGUAUGCUUAUUAUCGUUAGUACAAAGUUAUCAUUGAAUGUUUCUAAUGAGUUGGGUAAUCAGAGUCGUUGUUACUCCAGUGGAAUGUUUAUUAGAAAUGAUUCGUUCAAAGUACCUGAUAAUUGUGAACUUGUUAUUCUUUGUGAAAGAGAUAUCCAAAUGCUGAUUGACGAAGAAAUAUUGAAUGGACUUGAAAGAGCAUUUCAUGUUUCUCAUAAUCCUACUUUUUGGGAUUUUGGAUUAGAUUUACUUGAUAGAAUCCGUAACAGUUUCUUAAGUUGGCAAUAGAUUCUAACUCAGUCCUUCUCUUUGUUUUGAAGAGCAAAUAAACUAUUUUUUGUAUGU